UCAGGUCAGAAGAGUGGCGUGGAUUAAAGUAUUUUUACCACAGAGCCACAUUUCCACCGUCUGAAACGGCAAGGUGGGAGACAGAAGCGAGGCAGAGAGGAUGGAGGGAGGGUGGAGGGGAGGACGGUAGAGAGGACAGAUUGAAGGGGAUAGAGAGAGAAAGCCCUGCUUACACCAGGCUUGUUUAGAGUGUCGCAACCGUCGAUACCUUCUGGACCCUUUACUUCCUUCACUCUUGAGGUGCUGGUUCUGCAAGGCCUCUGGGCCACCCAGCAUGAGGCGGGCACCAUGGGCUUUCUGGAAAACUACCAGGAGAUUGACCCCGUCACUUUGAACCUUUGCAUCCUCAUCGCCAGCUACGUUAUCUUGCUCCUGGUCUUCCUGAUAUCCUGUAUCAUGUACGACUGCCGGGGCAAAGAUCCCACCAAGGAGUACGCCCCGGACCCACAGCCACCCACUCAGUCUCCCAUCAGGCUGGUAGUGAUGCAGAGCUCUCCGGCUCCUGUGGGACGGUGGGACACGGCCAACAUGAUCACCACCUACCACGAGCCAUCGCAGUCAGACUUUAGGGAGAAGAAGAGCACGAUGGUUUGAGUGCGAUUCUGCAGACUUGUACAGUAAACCUGACUCUUUAUUUUUGUAUAUAUGUUUUCUUUUUACAUUUCUCUGCGUUUUGCCUGGACAAUGCUAGGAUUUGACCUACACAGAACCCGAC